AUGGCACCCCGUAAGAAGACCGAGAAGGAGGAGAAAGCGACGGGCGCAGAGGGCUCAGACAUGAUCCUGCACUACUUGCGCAAGGAGAAUAGACCGUACUCGGCUAUCGAUGUCUCAGCCAACUUGCAUAACAAAGUCACGAAAGCUGCUGCUGCAAAGCUCCUGAAAGACUUGCACGAGCAGAAGCAGAUAGAGGGUCGCCCAGCUGGCAAGCAGAUCGUCUAUCACGCUUUGCAGAACCCCGAUGAUGCCGUCUCCACGGAGCAGCUGGCCGACUACGAUGCUCGCAUUACACACCUGCAGACCCAGACUACCGAGCUUCAAGCACUCACCAAGACUUUGCGAAGCACCCUUGCAUCCCUAAACAGCACACUCAGUACUGUAGACAUGCUGUCAAGCAUCGCCUCCCUCGAGCACGAAAAGACCGAAGUCGUGACACGACUGGAGAGCCUGCGGGCCGGACACGCGAUGAAAGUAACAGCCGAAGACAGAGCCAUGGUUGAGAAAGACUGGAAGGUGAUCAGAGGUGUAAUGGGACGGAGGGACAAGAUUGCAAGAGAGUUUUGGGCGAUGGUGAAAGAGGGGACCGAAGGAGCGGAGGCCUUGGAGGAGUUGAGAGAGGGCUGGGGCAUGGACGACUAG